AUGUUCCGCUGGCCUUUACUACUUCUGACCUUUGUUGUAAGUUCCCUGGGGUCGAUCUAGUUAAUUAAUCAUAUCAGUCACAAUAACUAUAAGAUGAUGUUUAUAGAGUAUUAGGACGUUGGUGUCAGCAUGCACGGACGAGAUUCAGCCGUCAAAUGAGAUAGCUGGAUGCACGUGGGAAAAGAACACGACCAAAGAUGGAUGUGUGGCCUACAAAUUGGAUUGUCAGGACCCGGCUAUUGAUGAGGUAUGUCGGAAAUACGUUCUUAAGGCUCUGUAGACAACGACGAGUGAAAAGUCAGCAAUUCCUGAGGCUCAAUGAGCCAGUUCGUCAGUUUUUAUGUCAAGAUAAGAUUCUGUACUGCAAGACCUUCCUAUAACGUAUCAAUUCUUUGGUACCCUGCAAUGUUUUUCAUAAUGGUUUAGUUGUAAAACAUUGUGGGGUUAUUUUCCCGGCGUAUUUUAAAAUGGCUAAGCGCUUAAAAUUAUGUCUAUAUUUUUACUUCAUUCUCCUACCUUUUCGAGAAUCUGUCCAUAAUUCUGUUACCAAAGAGGCUCAUUUAGCCCACUUCUUCGUUAAAUAUCAUCAUCUUUUCAGGGCUGCCUCCUCGACCCUCAGCCCGGUCCAUGUUCCGCCAAGACCACAAAAUACUACUACGACACCCGCUCCGGCAAAUGCUCGCCCUUCAUCUACGGCGGCUGCAGUGGAAAUGAGAACAACUUUGACAGCCUCGGCGACUGUCAGGACAUUUGCAUCAACGGAAAGCCUCGGAAACGCUCGGACAGUCUGAAUUUGUCAUCAAAAUCUGGCGACUUGAAUUGCACUGGCAAAAACGAGGAGGCUAUUGUCUGCGGGGCCUGCGAUCAAUAUUGUGAUUCGAGUAAAUCCAAAGUUUGUUCGUUGAUGUGUGGUGCCACGGAGUGCGGAUGUAGAACUGGGUAUUUGAGGAAUGCUGAUAAUGAAUGUGUCACUCAAAGUGAAUGCACCUCGUCUGGAAGGUCGAGAUCAAGAGCUAGGACAGAAACUACGGCAAGUCCAACUGUGGGCGUUUCGUUGUCGACUCUGAUCGCGCAGGUAACUAAUUAUCUCUCCCUGUUUCCCUAAUCUCUCGCAAAAUCUAUAAUACAAAAAAUUCUGCGGCGCCGUAUUUUAAACAAUUCGCAGAAUACGGAGGCUUCUAUUUUUUUGGUGAAUUAAGUUUGAUGAAACGCGGCAAGCAGUUACAUUAUUGUUUUUUUAAGUUUGUUGCUGCAAUCUUUGCGGCGUUAGAUGAUUAAACAAAAUGGGGAUGUCUGCGGAUUCAGGGAAAAAAAGAAUUUUAAAAUUUGGCCCAAAAUUAAAGAAGUUAUAGCCAAUUCAAAUCGGGCCACCAAAUUGGUACACCCUGUAUAAAUAAUCAAUCGUAUUUGUCCAGGAAAUCCGACGAUCCCAACCCACGACCUCCAGAAGACCCCCACGCACUCGGCCAACUACUGUUCCAACUACAACCCUUCUGACAACCCUCCCAACAACCACCACCCUUCUAACAACUCUCCCGACAACAACUACAACGUCUACAACAUCUACGACCACGACAUUACGACCAUCUCCGCCAACGCUUCCAAGCACAUCAACAGCACAAUAUGAGUCCACGAUAUCGUUCAGAAAUCCGUGUGACUCCAUUAACUGUCCAAGUUACGCGACUUGCACGGAUAGUGUGUGUGUUCCAAAUGCUGGAAGCAAUUGCCACAAGCUGCGAUUAGCAGUGCCACCGGCCGGAUGUAGGUAUAAUUAUACGACGGACAAGAAGGGAUGUGAAACGCCAAGCUUGGUUUGCGAUGGUGAGUUGAAUUUUAUGUCUUUUUGUGAAGUUUGGGGCUCGUCUAUUCUUCAUUGUAGUAGGGAGUUCGCAGAGAAAGGUAUUGCGUUUCAAAGUUUAGUUUUUUUGUCAGACUUAUGGUUAGCUAGAACCAAGAUUUAACAUUCUGCUUAAAAGUUUUUUUUCGCUUUACUGAGAACCCAUAGAAUCUGUAGUUGAAAGUUGACGAUAAUUCUACGUGUUCUAUGUUGUAUCUUCACGUGUAGUUGUGAAGGUAUGUAGUCAGCCAGAUGUAGGGUAAUAAAUAUAGAUAGGUUUAUUACAGAAUAGUAAUAACAAAACGUAGCGUAACACCAAACAUUCACUGAAUAAUAUGUAACAACCGAGCUCCCUUUUCUUCUAGGCUUCGAGAAGCUUCGAAUGAAACGGAAUGCCAAUAACGUAGUCGUAGGUUUCGUCUCGGGACUCAACAUUCUACAGUAAUUAUCAGCAAAAUUUUGAGUUUUUCAGUCGAGAAAACACUUAUUUCUGGGCUUCUAAGUCCUCUCAUUUCCUCUUAUUUUCUUACAUGUAUUGAAUUUAUCCUGAGGUCAAAUAAGCUAAAGUUUUAAUCAGUUGAUUAGUGGCCAAGAUAGGACACGGAAACAAGACUCAAAAAAAAAAUUGAAAAUUCUACGCUGAGCGAUUUUUAUCAAUAUUAGAAUUUCAUAGAUAGAUCUCCAGGCAACGAAAAAAUGCCAAGAUAAAGGUGGAAUCUCAUCUAUCGUAUCCUUUUCUGUGCCCUCUUUUCUCACUUUUAUUCCCAAAAUCUCAUUACAAAAGCAAGUAAUAUAUUGGCUUUACCGUCCUCUAAAAGUGCAAGGUCGUUUCAUGUAUUUUCCGAUCAUCUUUUCUCAUGAUUCCCACUCUUUAGACCUUCAAUGCGGCGAGAACGAAGAAGUGAAGCCAUGUGGAGCCUGUGAUCCCACCUGUGGCGCGCCCGUCUGCAUCACGUCCUCGGAAUGCGGUGCCAAACAAUGCGGUUGCCUGAGGGGAUUCGUCCGAAACGCGAACAAUCAAUGCGUCCAACUGAAAACGUGUCCGGCCAAGAAAAAGAAGUCCAAGCAGUAA